CCGGGUCACGAUGGAUCCAUCCGGGUCACGAUGGAUCCAUCCGGAUCACAAUGGAUCCAUCUGGGUCACAAUGGAUCCAUCUGGGUCAUGAUGGAUCCAUCUGGGUCAUCAUGGAUCCAUCCGGGUCAUGAUGGAUCCAUCCGGGUCACGAUGGAUCCAUCUGGAGGUUCCCCCCCACGCCCAACCGCAUUUGGGUCGGACAGUGUUGCUUCAACACACCCUCCACCACCACGCCCUCCACCACCAGGCGCAGAUGCGGCUGAGCCGCCAUCAAGAGCGGCACCACCAGCACCUGCAACAGCAGCAGCACCU